AACACUUGUCCUAAACUUCGAAAGAUUCUUCCUUUAAAGAAUCUCCCAAUUACUUGCCAAAUUUCCCAAAAACUCUGUCAUAGUUCUAACUCUAGCCAUUUCCACUCUAGGGUUUUUGGAUAUUACGAGGUAGCCAUUGAAGCAAUGGUGAAGGAGGAGGAUAGCAAAACUUUGGAGCUGUUCUUGAAAAUUGGAUUAGAUGAAAAGACUGCCAAAAAUACUUUGGCGAACAAUAAAGUCACCACUAAUCUUACUGCCGUUAUUCACGAGGCAGCUGUGACUGAUGGUUGUGAUCGUACUGUAGGCAACCUGAUAUACACGGUUGCUACAAAGUUUCCAGCCAAUGCACUUAACCACCGGCCCACAUUGCUUCAGUACAUUGUAUCAACAAAGAUUAAAACCCCUGCACAGUUAGAAGCGGCAUUCACGUUUCUUGCUGCAACCGCCUCUGGAGAUUUGAACACCCAAGAAUUUGAGGAGGCUUGUGGUGUUGGAGUUGAGGUAUCCAAGGAUGACAUUGAACGUGCUGUCAGUGAGGUUUUUGAGGAGAAGAAGGCCAAUAUAUUAGAGCAGCGUUAUAGAACAAAUGUUGGUGAACUCUUUGCUCACGUUCGGAAGAAGUUGCCAUGGGCUGAUCCGAAAGUAGUCAAGGAAGUAAUAGAUGCGGAGCUGUAUAAAUUACUUGGGGAAAGAACUGCUGCAGAUAAUGAAAAGCCUGUAAAAAAGAAGAAAGAGAAGCCAGUGAAAGCUGAGGAUAAGGCAAAAGUUGAUGAGACCCCUGCACCGAAGCCGUCUGAAGAAGAAUUAAAUCCAUAUUCGAUCUUCCCCCCUCCUGAGGAAAAUUACAAGGUACAUACAGAAAUAUAUUUCAGUGACAGGCCUGUGCUUCGAGCUUGCAAUUCCAAGGAACUACUUGAAAAACAUUUGAAAGUGACUGGACGAAAAGUUUUAACACGUUUUCCACCCGAACCUAACGGAUAUUUGCACAUUGGACAUGCAAAGGCUAUGUUUGUGGACUUUGGUCUGGCAAAAGAAAGAGACGGUGGCUGUUACUUGAGGUUUGAUGAUACCAACCCUGAAGCUGAGAAGAAAGAGUACAUCGAUCAUAUCAAAGAAAUUGUAGGGUGGAUGGGAUGGGAGCCUUACAAGAUAACUCACACUAGUGAUUAUUUCCAAGACCUUUAUGAGCUAGCUGUAGAGCUGAUAAAAAGAGGUCAUGCAUAUGUUGACCACCAGACAGCUGAAGAGGUAAAAGAAUAUCGAGAGAGAAAGAUGAACAGCCCUUGGAGAGAUAGGCCUAUAGAAGAGUCCUUAAGAUUGUUUGAUGAAAUGAAGAAGGGGAUGAUUGAUGAAGGCAAGGCGACAUUGAGGAUGAAACAGGACAUGCAGAGUGAUAAUUUCAAUAUGUAUGACCUUAUUGCAUACCGUAUCAAGUUCACUCCUCAUCCACAUGCAGGGGAUAAAUGGUGCAUCUACCCCAGUUAUGAUUAUGCCCAUUGUAUUGUUGAUUCUUUGGAAAAUAUCACUCAUUCGCUUUGCACCCUGGAGUUUGAAACCCGCCGUGCAUCAUAUUACUGGUUACUGGAUGCACUAGGCCUUUACCAGCCUUUUGUUUGGGAAUACUCACGGUUGAAUGUGUCCAACACUGUGAUGUCAAAGCGGAAGUUGAACCGUCUUGUAACAGAGAAAUGGGUUGACGGCUGGGAUGAUCCUCGUCUCAUGACAUUAGCAGGGUUGCGACGUAGAGGGGUAACUUCAACAGCAAUUAAUGCUUUUGUUCGUGGGAUUGGAAUAACUAGAAGUGACUGUAGUAUGAUACACCUAAGUCGCCUCGAAUACCAUAUAAGAGAAGAACUAAAUAAAACAGCUCCUAGAACAAUGGUUGUGCUAAAUCCCCUUAAGGUUAUCAUCACAAACCUUGAAGCUGGCAUAGUAACGGAUCUAGAUGCAAAGAAAUGGCCUGAAGCUCCAGUAAAUGAUGCUUCGUCAUUUUAUAAGGUCCCCUUUUCUAGAGUUGUGUACAUUGAACGUACAGAUUUUAGGUUAAAAGAUUCUAAAGAUUAUUUUGGCCUUGCUCCUGGAAAAUCUGUCUUACUAAGGUAUGCAUACCCUAUAAAAUGUACAGAUGUAAUUCUUGCUGAUGACAAAGAGACGGUUCUUGAGAUUCGGGCAGAGUAUGACCCGUCCAAGACGACCAAGCCUAAGGGUGUUCUUCAUUGGGUUGCAGAACCUUCACCUGGGGUAGAUCCACUUAAGGUGGAGGUCCGGCUAUUUGACAGGCUCUUUCUCUCCGAGAAUCCCGCCGAACUAGAAGACUGGCUUGGUGAUUUGAACCCUGAGUCUAAAGUGGUGAUACAAAAUGCUUAUGCUGUGCCCUUAGUUAGGACGGCUGCUCUUGGAGGCAGAUUUCAGUUUGAAAGGCUCGGGUAUUUUGCUGUUGACCAGGAUUCCACUUCUGAGAAACUGGUCUUCAAUCGGACUGUCACGCUGCGUGAUAGCUAUGCCAAGGGUGGAAAAUGAAGCUUUUAUGAAGAAAUGGAAGUGAAAUGGCAGUGUGUGAUCGAGUGAGAUUAACUAAUGCAUUUUUCUUGAUAUUUACGUGUACAAAUAGACAUUUUCAAGAAUGAACAUUUUUGGUAUUCCGGGAAUACACCAAGUUUAGAUAUGACAAAAAAGUUUUGGUAGCUCAAUUUUGUUAUCUCCCGUGAAGUCCUUUUUGUUUCUUUUCUGCAAAAAAUUGCAGUUAUGGCUUCA